CUAGAAUUGAAAGCACGCUCGAAAACAUUAAAUCAACAAUCCUUCGGUCACAAAGGUGAUCACUUAGAUUCAAAAAGGCAUCAAUCAUGCCGUCUUCAUUCAUCGUUUUGCGGCUAUCGGUAUGUUCCCUAUUGCUCGUUGCUUUCUGUUUCAGCAAAACGACUCAUUCGUUUGUGCUGCUUCAAAGAGGAACAAUACCAACGUCAAUAUCGAUUCCAACCGCGACACCGCAAUUCGAACAACGUGACAAAAUUCGGCAAGGCUUUAAGAGCUCGGCAACGGGGAGGCCGCAGAGGCUGCAUACGUACCUGGAAGCCAGAGAUAAUGCUAGUAAAAGUCCUGUCAACAAUGCAACGGCCUUUAAGACCAUAGCUCAACCAAAGCUGAUUCGUGGAGAACAAUACAAGAACGAAAACUCAACGCUUCCCUCUCCAGAGGUUAUUGCCGCUAAGCUAGGCGUCCGACCAUCCAAAGAGGCCUCGAAAGGAACCUGGCAACGGGCCUGGAAACUCCACAAACGGUUGAUCCCUCUUCUGCAUUCGACCGAUGGUUGCAAACCGCCGGAUAGCUCUCUUAACCUAGCGUGUAUGUGGUGGAAAGCUCUGAGUGGAAACGACCGCUCGAGCCCCGUUUACGACAAGGAACUGUCCUACGACCUGCUACCGUCAGGGUGGAGAAAGAUCCUUCGGUUGCGAAGAUUUUACCCAAGAUUGCAUCAUGCGAACGUCGAACUGAGAACGGCGUACCUUGAUGGACGAGUCGGCGAGAUCGCAGCCCAGCAGCAGAACGGGGGGAAUCCAAAGAAAAUUCGGCUCGUUUGUAUGGGAGCAGGAUACGAUACCAGGGGGGUCAAGAUGAUCGAACGAACCACCGUGGAUCGGGUAAUCGAGCUUGAUCUGCCAGAGGUCGUGAAUGCAAAAGAGAGAUUGUUCUGGCGCUUACUCAAGCGCCGCCCCUGGCUUAAGGAAUUCGAAUGCUCGAUGCCGACCCUCGUCCCGUCGGAUUUCAAUGACCUGUUGGAUGUCGAGCAGAARUUGCGCGCUUUGCUCCUUGGAGACGAACCCGAUGGUCCGGACGAAAAAGCGGAAUGGCACACGAUUUUUGUUUUCGAAGGGGUUAUGAUAUACCUAAACGAUGGUGUCCCCAGCUCGUUGCUCGGGCUCACGAGCAAAAUAUUGCGCGAAAACAAUCUGGAAGGCUCCAUUUGCUUUGCGGAUCGGCUUGAGAACGUACCGGGGGGUGACUAUGAUGCAGGAGUGAACGAGUUGAAAAAAAAUGGUUGGGAACUUAAGGAUUGGUCUCCAAAGCCAGGAUUGGCGAGGCAUAUGGGAUAUGCUAGUCUUUCACUACAGUAAUGUCAAUUUUCAGUCUAGUACACAGUCCCUCGCAAUCAAAUAUCUAGCGAUCA